AUGAAUAAAACAUGGACAAGGUUUAGAUCAUGGAAUGCUUCAGAGUUAAUAAUAGAUAAAAAGAGUAAAUUUCAGGCUAGAAAUGUAGAAAUAAAGACAACGGAAGAAAUUCCGAAUAUACUACAUGAGUUCUUAAUUGAACAUAAAUCAAUUCAACGUGCUAGUCAUCCUCAUAUUAUUGCUUGGAGGUGUGCAACAAAUACUCAAGGUAAUAUAGAUCAAGGAUUUAAAGAUAAUGGAGAAAAAGGAGGUGGCUCAAGAAUACUAGAUAUUUUAGUUAAACAUGAUCUUGUUAAUAUUUUAGUUAUUGUAACGAGAUGGUAUGGAGGUACUCCAAUUGGAUCAUCAAGAUUUCGUCAUAUAACAAAUAGUACUUUAAAAUCACUACGAAUAAAUCAUAAUCUAUAA